GCCACCUUUUCCCACCUCCACAGCCUCAAGAAAAGAAAGAGACCUAAAACUUUCCAGAUCCCUUCCUCUCGUAGGAAACUGUCAAGCACAGGAAUACAGAUGGCUACUAACCCAGUAGAAGACAACUGCAUCAACUUUGUGGGAAUGAAAUUUAUUGACAAUACACUUUACUUUGUAGCUGAAAAUGAUGACAACCUGGAAUCAGAUUACUUUGGCAAGCUUGAACCUAGAUUCUCUAUCAUAUGAAAUUUGAACGACCAAGUUCUCUUCAUUAACGAGGGCAAUCAACCAGUGUUUGAGGAUAUGCCUGAUUCUGACUGUACAGAAAACGCAUCCCAUACCAUAUUUAUCAUAAAUAUGUAUAAAGAUAGCCUCACCAGAGGUCUGGCAGUAACCAUCUCUGUGAUGUGUAACAGAAUGUCUACUCUGUCCUGUAAGAACAAAACUAUUUCCUUUAAGGAAAUGAGACCCCCAGACAGUAUCAGUGAUGAAGGGAAUGACAUCAUAUUCUUUCAGAGAAGUAUUCCAGGACAUGACAAUAAGAUACAAUUUGAGUCUUCAUUGUACCAAGGACACUUUCUAGCUUGUAAAAGAGAGAAAGAGCUUUUCAAACUCAUUUUGAAAGAAAAGGAUGGAAGUGGGGACAAAUCCGUUAUGUUCACUGUUCAAAACCCCAAGCUAGAUAUUAAAAUCACAGUUUGAAAAAAAAAAAAA